AUGGCCAGCAAUGCAGCAUUAGAGUACAUUCCGAUUAUUUUAUUCCCUCAAAUGAAUGACCAGCAUCUGCCUCCAGAAAUUCCUACAGAAUCUCAUCAUCUUCCAUAUGGCUACACAACUGGCGCUCUUCAUUUUCAAUUUGAAAAAAAGCGUCAACAGGUAACAGUAACAACAGUUGAUAGACUGUUAGGACUGAUUCCUAUGGUAAUUCUCUUUUUAAUCGUUCUAUUUGAGCUCUAUGCUUACUUUUAUUGGCAUUUAAUUCCUUUAUUAGAGAAAAAUGAAGGUUUGAGACUUGAUUUUUGGGAAGGAUACGACCAAAGUGCCUGAAAAUAUAUUUUUCAUCUUUUAUCAAUCAUCCUGCAUGCGGUAAUUUUUUUGAUAUCUACUUAUAGGACAAUGUUCACGCCUCCUGGGCAUGUUCCUGAAGAUCUGAAAUUAGAAGUUGAUCAGGUCCAUGGGAACAAAUAUCAUGUUAUGAUAUCAGAGAUGCUGCUGAGGAAAAUGAAGAAAAUUGGAAACAUGGAAAGAAAAAAGACGCUUUUCCCAAGAUUUUGCAGGAACUGCUUAAAGGUAAAACCUGAUAGGAGCCACCAUUGUUCGAUCUGCAAUACUUGUGUUUUGAAAAUGGAUCAUCAUUGCCCUUACAUAAACAACUGUGUGGGUAAUGAUAAUUAUAAGUAUUUUAUGAAUCUAGUGAUUAGUGGGACUAUGGCGAGUUUACAACUUACCACCACCAUGUGGGAAGGCGUGCUUUUAGCCUGAGACAACUCAAACUACUCAAUCCCCUUCCAAGUCACCUUUGGGAUCGCUUACUUAGGAAAUGUAAUCCUAAGUGUAGUCUUAGUCGCGUUUUUGUGCUUUCAUUUUUACCUCAUCUCCAACGCCACCACAACAAUUGAAUUUCGCGAAAAGCUGUCUGUUAAAUUUGACGUGUCUCCCUAUCACAAAGGCAGAUGAAACAACUUCCUUGCAAUUUUUGGAAAAAACCCUUUAAUAUGAUUUUUACCCAUAAGUAACAAUUAUUUAGAGCCACGCAUGAAUUCAGAAGCAAUGAGUUUCUUAAGCAGUGAGCAGGAAAAAUAA